AAAAAUGGUGGAAAAGGUUAGCAAAGGAAGAAAAGAAGAGGUCGUCUCAAGAGAAUAUACAAUCAACCUUCACAAACGCCUCCAUAGAUGCACAUUUAAGAAGAAUGCACCAAAUGCUAUAAAGGAGAUAAGGAAGUUUGCUGAAAAAGCAAUGGGAACAAGUGAUGUUAGGGUUGAUGUGAAAUUGAAUAAAGUAAUUUGGAGCCGUGGGAUUAGAAUCAGCCCCCUUGUUGGUCCGCCACUGAUUAGAAAUGUACCAAGAAGGAUUCGAGUUUCUAUUGCUAGGAAGAGGAAUGAUGAAGAAGAUGCUCAAGAAGAACUCUAUUCACUUGUGACAGUUGCAGAAAUCCCACCUGAGGGUUUGAAUGGAUUAGGAACCAAGAUCAUUGAAGAUGAUGAAUGAUUUAAUUUAGCUUUGUUUCUUAUGUUUCAAAGAAUUUAUAGACAAUUUUUGCCC